AUGCGAUUCCCCACCGCUCUCUUCCCACUUUUCACGCUCGCCUCCUGCGCAGUUCUGACCUUCGACGACCUCCCCGUCCCCAACGACCCCAACUGUGGCAGCCUCACGUUUACUCCCGCCACGCCUUACAAAGGCUUCACCAUCAGCGGCACCGUCCUGAACACCACGCAGACGCAGUACUGCCAUCAGUCUUCCUCCGGCGCAGGGCCGUGGCACCGAGCCGUCAGCCAGCCGAACCUCCUCACCUCUAUGGACGGAGUCGUAGCUUUCGAAGCGAAGAAGAAGUUCGAUGUGAGCCAGCUGGCGUGGGCGACUGAGUUGCACUGGACCAUACUUGCGAUGGAUCCGAACGCGGUUGUCAGGGUCAUGGUACAGGGGAUGAAGAUGAUCGGCGGGCCGCCGGUGGUCACGAAAAGCAUCGACGUCCAAGCCCCUGGGCCGCAUGUGAUCGAGCUGCCGGGGUUCAAGGGAUUUAAGGCGGUGAGUGUCAAGGCGGAGUUGAGGUAUACGAAGCAGGGAGCUCUGGUGGUGCUCGGCGCACCGUCAUAUGUCGACAAUUUCAUUUAUAAGUUUCUCUUCCGCAGUACCAGCUUCAGCUCGCCCUUCAAGAAAAAAUCCCCACCGCCCGCAACCAACGGCACAGCCAACACCAGCCCUAACUCGAAAAACACAUCCAUCGCGCCAGUCCUACACCUAAGUAAUGGCACACGACACUACCUGGACCAACGCAAUAUAUCCAAGCCCCGGCUAGACUUUCUAUCCAGUCAGCACCAGCGCACGUCCGGCGUAGUUGACGCGGGGGAGUUCCGACUGCCGCUGGAUCUGCGGACGUUCCUCUUCUUGCCGAGGAAGGAGACGCCACAGUGCUUAAGGGAGUUUGUCCAGUACACCGAGGAGCUCAUGGUGCAGUUAAGGGAGAUCGAGGGUCGACUGCAGGUGAUGCGCGAGUGGGAGAGGAGCGGAGAGGGGGAGAAGGUUAGGCACGACUUUUGUGAAAUGGUCUCUGCGGCGAUGGAGCCCCUGACCAUGAUGCGCUGGAUUCUGAGGAGGCUGGUCAAGCAGCGCCCGGCGGAGUUGAGGACGAACCACCAUGCCAUCGAAGAGUGGCGCGAGGAUGUCGCCCUGGUUGCGAAUAUGGUGGCUUCGUGUUUCGUGGAGGCGGCAAGGGUCGCCGAGACUAAGGACCUGGGUGAAGCGGCAAAGGUGCUGGCCGGUAUACGGAAUAUUCGUUUGCUGAAAUGGGCAUUCGACGACAGGAUUUACAUCCCACGGCCAAAGCGGGCCAGCCUUACGGUCAUGAUUGCGCCAAAGCUCGAAGAGAAAAUUGUCGAGAAGGUGUGGAACUUUGUGGACGAGCAAGUCCAGGCGCUUGCGACCGGAGAGCUACAUGUAUCCGACAAGGAAAGAGAUUCCAGUUCGGGGAGCAUAUUUGGAGGCAUUGAGAUGAAGUUCCUCAUCCGCCCGCGCUUGAGUCGUCCCCAACAGCCCGACCCAGAAUCCGUCCUCCGCGUACAACGGGAUAUAGCACUGACAAUCCUCGAAGCCGAGCGUCUCCAUACCCAGGAGCUAGAGCAUCGAUUAUCUGAGGCACAGGAUGACCUACGGAAGCUCCGGAAUACAGUGCGCAAGCUGCGAGGGAAGGAGCAGGUGGUCAUCAUGAUGGUUGACUCGGAGUACGCACGGAAAAAUAAGAUUGGUGAAGUUUGAGAUCCAGCUCCGGCAACGAGACGCAGUACACACCUACGUAUUCGGGAGGCGUUUUCUGGAUGACUGCAGCUGGAAGAUGUGCG